CGCACGAUGCACACGACAGCUCAACUGGAUAGUCUGGAGCAGAAGCGCUCGUCCAGCCUGAUCUUUCGGAUCGAGCAUCUGCUGCCCAGCACCAGCAUCUCACCGAGCACAAUGACCACAGCAUCCACUGAGACCACAUCGACUGCCACAACGAGUACGGACAGUCCCGCGAAGAGGAUGAAGAGCAAUCCACGACCAGGUGUCUACACCACGCAGUACACGCCGAAGGAUACCUGUUCGAUCGCCAUUCCCACUUCCGCUCUUCUGAGCUCCACGGCCACGCCCACGGAAGGUGGGCGAUCCCACUGCCAGCUGUCCAAUGGCGAACUGAUCGUGUCCGCCGCCCUGCUGCGCCAGAUCAAACUUUCCGAGGAUGUGUACAGCUUCAAUGCCAUCUUCGAGCUGCAUGGAGGUCAGGCCGUGCGUGUGCGCCUUGUGAGGGAUGUUGCCAAGGACGACGAGAUCGUGGCCUGGUUCGGCGAGGAGCUGGUCCUCCUCAUGGGCAUUCCCUUCCUGACGCCCUUAAAUAUUCAAGGAAACAGCCGGUAUACCUGCCACUUGUGCCACCUGACCUUCGAGACGCCGCAUCCGCUGAAGAUCCAUUUGGCCCUGGGUUGUGGCCGCAGUGCCAUGGACAUCCUGUGGAUGCGACUGCACUUCGCUCUCAAGGCGGCGUCCCGAAGUCAGACCGCGACGCAGCAUUCACCCGUUCCGGCGACCUCAUCUACCUCCUCGGCAUCGCCCACCCACUCGCCACCGCCCCAGAUGCCGCCCCGCUUCUCCGCCUUCCGCCCGAUAGCAGCCCUUACUCAGGGCUUGCCCAUGACAACGACGACAAGUACUCCGGGAACGCUGUCCUACCUGCCCUCCAUCUCGAUGGCUACCGCCCCCUUGUCCACCCAUCCGAUGAAUGCGGCAGCACAGAUCGAGGCUAUUGUCAGCAAUAUGGGUGCCUCCAAGCAGGGUCACCUGUGCAUCUACUGCGGCAAGGUGUACUCCCGGAAGUACGGCCUCAAGAUCCACAUACGCACCCACACCGGAUUCAAGCCGCUGAAGUGCAAGUUCUGCCUGAGACCGUUUGGCGAUCCGAGCAAUCUCAACAAGCACGUUCGGUUGCAUCUGCAGACGCAUCCCAGCAGUUCCACGGGAGGCGCAGAAAGUGCAACAGGCGGAGCCGGCAGCGAUGUGGACAUCGAGGGGGAAGCUGAAGCGGGUUUCCAGUGCCACUUGUGCCACAAAUCCGUACCACGUCGCAGGGACUUGCAGCGGCAUAUGGAAACGCGGCAUCGUUCCCAUUCCCAAUCCAGCACCACCAGCACUACCACAAUGGCCAUGGAGACAGUGACCACUUCGAAGUCCAGCUGA